AUGUCGAAGAACGCGAAGAACAGGCACGCGCCCGCGUGCGGCGCCCCGAGCCCGUACGCCAUCUGCGAAUUCUGCGGACGGAAAUCCCUCAACCACAGAAUAGACAGCACGAAGCGCCACCAGCGGAGCGACCUGUGCUGGGAGCAGCGCACCGCGUACGCCGUGGCGUGCGUCCCGACCUGGUCGCCCGCCCCGCGCAUCGCCGCAUCGGAGCGGGGGAGCUUGGCGUCGAGUGCACCGUAUAGGUUCGCAAGAGGGGGCGAUGGCGGCGGAGGGGGCGGAGAGAAUGGUGAUGGGGACGGGUGGGUAUACUCUGAUUCGAGCGACGAGGAGGAUGAGUUGGGUGGGCAGAAUGUGGGGUGGCGUGAUGUUGAUGGUGAUGUUGGUGAAGUGCUGGAGGACAAGGCAGAGGGGGAGGACGAGGAAGAGGACGAGGGCGCUGGUGGGGAUAGAGAUGAUGGCGGUGACGGUGACGGUGACGACGGCAACGAGCGGGAAUAUGAGCACCCGUGCGCCAUUAACGACGAGGGAGCGAGGAGCGAGGGUGAAGCUUGGGGUGGGGACGCUGGAUGUCGGGAGCCAGAGGACGAGUGUGUAGCAGGACCGUCUUCGGUUACGCUUGAGCACAAUGCCCCGGCGAAGCGUGCCCAAUUCUGGAGAGAGGAGGGUUGGACCGUCUGGAUGCCUCCUACCUACCUCUAG